AUGUUUAGCAUACAGAGGAGGCUCGUUCAACGAGCUCGACUGUCGUCACCUCAGCUGGUUCGAUACAGAUCAUCAGCACCUUCGGCUCGAGGAACUGGUCGUUUGAGUGGCGUAAAGGCCAUUCCGUAUGCUGAGAUAGUCAACGAACACUCUGAUUUGCAAGAUAAUGUAGAAGUUUUGAAUUUGGAAGAAUUGAUUAAUGCUUCGAAUGAACCAAAUUUUGCUGAAGAGAAUAGAUCAGCUCGAACAGAGAGACUGGAUAUCGACACUCGUCAGGGAAAGACAGCUGGAAACAAGUUACUUGUUCUUCCUGAAGAAAUCACUUCAGUAAUAAGCAACGCCACCCGUGGCUAUACACCUAAUAGACUGAGGUCAAAUGCAUCAAAAUAUUAUCUUUCUUUGGCUGAAAGUGGUGCUCAUCGCCCUGCCACAGAGACUAUUGAUGUAGAUACACAUCUGACAGGUGUUUUUCUUCAAAAUUAUGCCAGUCUCUACAAUGUUUUAAAAGAAGCAAGGCAGAGACUCGGUGAAAAGUGGCGACCGAACCGAAUUUUAGAUGUUGGAUUUGGACCCGCCACGGGGAUGAUAGCAUUAAAUGAAGUGUUCAGUGAUGUCGAUGCUGAAGAUUGGCAGCCUGAACGGAAACUGGCUAUUGUUAUUGGCCAUAGAGAUAUGAAAAAAAGAGCUGUGUCUGUAUUAGCGACCCAGAAGCAUGAGGAAAGCGAAGAGCAGGGACAACUUUUUGAAGAAAACGAAGAAGCGCUUACUGAAGAAGAGCAGCAAGAGCUCGAAGAAAUUUUAGCUGUGGAGACCAAAGGACUGGAAGAGACGCAACAGGAAGAACUAGAUGUCAAUACCGAAGAAACAGACUCUGUCAACGAAAUAGAAUUCGAAGAAAUCCCGAAAACUAAACAAAAAGCACACAUCAAGACGGUAGUUCGUCAACAACUACCAGCAGCUAAAUCGUCUUCGAAAUAUGAUCUGAUUAUCGCUACACACCAGCUUUAUCGUAGCGGUUAUCACUACCCAGCCUCUGUAGAUGACCAUACAUCGCACCUCCUUUCCCUUUUGUCACCGGGAGGUAUUCUCGUUCUUGUUGAAAGAGGAGACCCUACUGGAUUCGAGUCUAUUGCUCGUGCUAGACAAAUCAUGUUCAGACCCGAAGAUCACCAGAGCCCUGAAAAGUAUCCACCUCGUUUAUGGAAGAAUGACGAACAGUUUCCACUCAGCAUUGUUGCACCAUGUAGCCAUCACGGCAAAUGUCCCUUACAAGUUGAACUGGGAAUUAGAAAUAAAGGUAAAAAUCCCGCUUAUUUCGGAUGGUGUAAAUUUGCACAGAUGGUACAAAGACCAAAAUUUGCAUUGGAGCUGAAGAAAGGACAAUUAUUAUCACAAAAAUGGUCUUUGGUUAACACCGCAUCAGGAAAAGUCAGCGGUGAAGGUGGUAAAUCAUUAGCAGGAAGCGGACGAGCAUUUGGAAGAAGUUUUGAAACUGCCACACACAGUUAUCUCAUUGUUGAGAGAAAAGCCAAGGAGCAGAAAGGAACCAAUGAACAGAGUCAGGAGUUAGAACUGAAGGAUGAUAGUAUAUCUGAUCCUGCUAGCUGGCCGCGUAUCUUGCAGAAUCCUUUGAAGCGAGACAAACAUGUUGUUAUGGAGGUAUGUGCGCCAUCUGGUCAAGUUGAACAGUGGACAGUGACACAGAAAUUCGGCAAACAAGCAUACCACGACGCACGCAAAGCCACUGGUGGUGACCUUUGGGCUCUUGGUGCUAAAGUUAAACAAGUAAGAGGAGGAAACCUCUCAAAGCUUAGAAAAGCUUCAGCCAAGAUUCAAUCUGAGUCUCGAAGAGCAACUAAAGAAAACCUUCAAGCCGAGAUCAAGAUUGACGAGAAGGUAGCUGCAGAAAUUCAAGAAGAAAAUGUCGAUAGCGAGUCCGAAUCCAAAGCGCCUGAUGCGAUAGACAUUGCCUGGCUUCGCAACGACUCGUUCAACAGCCAAAAAAUGAAGCGCAAGCAGGCGUAUACACGUGGGUCCGAACCAGGUGCUUAUGAAGACAUAGACGGAGGGUUCAGCAGCGAAUAUUUUGAUGAUCUUGCACAAGUUUUUGAGAACAAAAAGGCCAAAGACUAUGCCAAAAAGCUGGAGAAGUCUAGCCACGUCGAGAAGAAGCGGGUGAUGAAGUGGUAA